AUGCUCGGCGAGGACAUCUCUUACAGCCCCUUGGGCGACAGAAAACCUCGAAGAGUAUCAAUAAUAUGUCUGAAUAUUGCCUUAUUUUGUGUAUCUCUAUCAAUGUUUGUAUGGUCCACGCUAAGUUUUGUCGGACUGCAAACAGACCAAAAGGCAGCAUGGAGGAUGCUCAAUGUCGAAUCUCCUAUAAUCAAGUCACUUGAUCUCUCAAGUGAUAUCAAGACCUUGCGAGGGGAUGUCGAAAACAACGGAGAUAUUUAUCGGCAGCCACCCUCACCAUCAACGGACGAUGCAUGGAAUCGGUUGAAUCAAGACAACCUUGCUUGGGCCACCUCGAAGGAUUUGAAAGCGGCAGGCAAAGACAUCGACGUUGCUGUCAAGUUUCCUCCAAGCCUAGGCUUCGGUGAUGAUGCGUACCCAGUCUUAGUCGAUGUUAAGCACAAAAUACACUGCCUCAAUAGGAUUCGGAAGGACGUCUACUUUGACUACUACUGGAAAGACAAGUUUCCUGACGGCAAUGCUACCGAUCUCCACAAGUCCCACACGGAUCACUGUAUUUACAUACUUUUGCAGUCUCUCAUGUGCGACGCAAAUACAGACUUCGUUCCCUACGCAUGGUACGAUAUUUAUGACCACCCACAUCCAGACUUCAUGGUCAAUCGGAAGUGCGGAGAUUUUGAUGGGGUCACCAAGUGGACCGAGGAUCACAAGACGGUUAUGGCAGAUAUUUUUGAUAUCAAGAAGCCAGAGGGGCAGGAAACCCUUUCGAUGAGCACGGAUCUGUUGAGAAUUCUGUCUCAGACUGAUGGAUAA